AUGUUUCGCCGUCUGAGUGAAGUGGAUGCCGUACCACUAAAACUAAUACCAGGUGAACGUAACGUGAUUAAAGACAAAGGAGUCACCCACACAAUAUCAAGAUUUUACGUUGUACCUGAAGAUUUUGGUGAAGGAACUACAGUCAAAGCUUUGCGUUCAGAUCUUGGGUCAUCUGAGACCUCUGAGACCGAGGACUCGACGACUGAAGAUUUACUAGAGAGGGUCGAAGAUGAAGGAUCGUCAAUAGAUGCAUACAAAGAUACUAAUGCAGAUGAUGCGUCGUCGACAACAAAUUUAUUAAGAACAACUGUUACUACAGUCUUAACAAAAUCAAACGUCAUGAAUGAGACAGAUCUUAGUGACUUAAGUCAUCUACUAGUUCAACCCGCUAGAACAACACUAUCUAUGAAUAGUAGUGUCAGUUGGAAUCCUACUCGUGCAGGUGAAGAAGAAACUCAUGAUCAAACGUUAACUGAAACAACUGUAGACAAUGACAAUAUGGACGCUGAAACAAGUCUCCGAGUAGCAUCCGACGAUCACAAACUAGAAGGUGGUGGAGUAAUAGUAAGUGAAAUAGUAAGAUCAGGUGAUAAUGUUGAUAAUGCAACUUCUUCUGACUCUAUUUCACAACAAGUGGUUGAUGAUAGUGCGAUCACGGCAGAUUCCCUUUCAGGUACAACAAUAUUAACUGGUGACAGCAAUACAAAUAUAAACGAAGGAGUAUUGACUGGAUCUAACUUGUACGUAGUGAAAGAAGAUGUCGAAAAUGUUGAACCUAUUGUUUAUGCUCUUGAUGAUCAAACAAUUACAAAUGAAAACAAUUCCAGAAGCCUUCAACAUCCAAAUCUUGAAGGAAUGGAACUAACUAAUCUUGAUGCUACUGAUUUACCUCUAGAAACUGGAGAGACAAGUAAUUUACGAUCAAGAAUUAAUGGAGAAUACACUGAUCCGUGGAGUAUUGUAAGUAAAAUGGGGAAUGGUAUAGUCUGGACUAAAGAAGAUAAAACAAUUAAGGAUGUUCCUUGGAUUAUCAAGAAACGGGUUUAUAAAAAAGACAAUGAUGAUCCCUGGAUUAUCCUCGAAAGGAUUAAAAAUGGUAUACCAUGGCAGAUUGGAGAUAAAAAGGACAAUGAUGGUCGCUGGACUAUCGUUAAAAGAAUUGAAAGUGAUCUACCCUGGCACACUGACGAUAAAAAGGACAACGACAUUCCCUUGCAAAUUAAACAAAUGUUUGAAAAUUAUAUACCCAGGCACACUGAAGAUACAACGAACAGUGGUCUCUGGACUACUGUCGAAAGGAUUAAAAAUGGUUUACCCUGGAACACUGAAGAUAAAAUACACAACAACAUUCCCUGGACUGUUGUCCAAAGGAUUAAAAGUUAUCUACCCGGGCACAUCGAAUAUAAAAAACAAAACGAUGUUCCCUUGAAAAUAGUUGAAAAGGUUAAUUAUAUACCCGAGUACACUGAAGAUAAAAAACACAACGAUAUUCCCUGGACUAUCCUCGAAAAAAUUAAAAGUGGCCUACCUUGGCACAUUGAAGAUGAAACGGACAACGGUGAUCGUGAGACUAUAGUUGAAAGGGAUGAAAAUUAUCUACCCUCGAAUAUUGAAGAUAAAACGGACAACGAUGGUCGCGAGACUAUUGUUCAAGAGGUUAAAAAUGAUCUACCUUUGCAAAUUGAAGACAAAACGGUCAACGAUGGUCGCGAGACUAUCGUUCAAGAGGUUAAAAAUGAUCUACCUUUGCAAAUUGAAGAUAAAACGGUCAACGAUGGUCGCGAGACUAUCGUUCAAGAGGUUAAAAAUGAUCUACCUUUGCAAAUUGAAGACAAAACGGUCAACGAUGGUCGCGAGACUAUCGUUCAAGAGGUUAAAAAUGAUCUACCUUUGCAAAUUGAAGAUAAAACGGUCAACGAUGGUCGCGAGACUAUCGUUCAAGAGGUUAAAAAUGAUCUACCUUUGCAAAUUGAAGACAAAACGGUCAACGAUGGUCGCGAGACUAUCGUUCAAGAGGUUAAAAAUGAUCUACCUUUGCAAAUUGAAGAUAAAACGGUCAACGAUGGUCGCGAGACUAUCGUUCAAGAGGUUAAAAAUGAUCUACCUUUGCAAAUUGAAGACAAAACGGUCAACGAUGGUCGCGAGACUAUCGUUCAAGAGGUUAAAAAUGAUCUACCUUUGCAAAUUGAAGAUAAAACGGACAACGAUGAUCGCGAGACUAUCGUUGAAGAGGAUAAAAGUUAUCUACCCUUGCAAAUUGAAGAUAUAACGGACAACGAUGAUCGCAGGACUAUCGUUGAAGAGGUUGAAAAUUAUAUACCCUCAUAUAUUCAAGAUACAACGGAAGAUAAUGUUCCCUCCGAGACUGACGAAAGGGUUAACAAUGAUAUACCCAAGCAUAUUGAAGAUGCAAUGGACAACGAUGAUCUCAACAUCGCUGAUAAGCUUAAAAAUGAAAUACCUUCGCAAAUUGAAGAUAAAACUGACAAUAAUUUUCCUUAUGUGGUAAACAUAAGGGAUAAAAAUAAUAUGCCCUGGCUAAACAACGAUAAAACGGACAACGAUUAUCCCGAGACAAUCGUUGAAACGGUUAAAGAUGAUCUUGUGACUAUAGAAGAAAAAAUCAAAAAGGAUAUUCUUUCGACUAUUAAACAUUUACCAUUGACUGACAAAACAAUUGAUUACAAUUUACCUGGAACUAUUGAAGACAGAAUAAAAGAAGACAUUCUUUCAACUCUUGAAGGUAAAUGGGGUACUAAUCAGCCAUGGACCAUUAAAAAGAAAACUAGCUACAAUUUACCAUUGAUCAUUGAAGAUAAACUUGGAGACACUAAUUAUAUUGUUAAAAAGAAAAUAUACAAUAACAUUCCCUGGACUUCUGGGGAUGAAAUUGUUGGUACUGGGCCAUGGCACAUUAGCCAAUUGCCAACAUUAAGUCAAAGUCCCACUACUAGUUCUAAACAGGAUUAUACAAUUAAAAAGACAAGCAAACAACCUUAUCAUGUGUACACGUAUGUGGUUCAUCCCCCAGCUGUUGAAGCAUCUCCAGUUUCACAUGAAAAAUCAGACCUAGACAAUAUUUUAAAUGUAAAAUCUACAAAGUACAGUACUAAGCUUGAACCAGGUAUAGACAAUAUUUAUAAAUUAUCUGCGGUUAGUAAUCCCACAGGAACUGUGCAUGUAAACAAGCCAAUUACCUACGAACUGCAACAUAAUAUUGGUACAAGUCCUAAUACUGUUGUCCCUGAAACUUUACAAAAAUACAGUUACAAUAUUGAAUCUGAUGUUGCUCCUAAAACGGCACAAAAUGAAAUUCAUAAAGUUUACUCUGAUGUCAUUUCACAAAAUCCUCAAGAUCACCAGCCAUUGCCAACAAACCAAGGCAGUACUGAUCCUAAAAUUACAUAUGAAUAUAUAGAGACUAAUGUUGUAACUCCUAAAACUCCCCAUGAUUAUAGCCUCAACUUAAUCCCUGGCAAAGUUGAUCCAAAAAUUACCCAUGAGGUAACCUAUAGCAUUGAUAAUAACGUGGAUACUCCUAAAACUCCCCUAGAUGAGAGUCUUAUUAUUGAACCUUAUGUUAUUUCGCAAAAUCCCCAAAGUUACACCCUUAAUCUGAUCUCUGGAUCCAACAAUCCGAAAGUUUCACAUGAAUACGUUUACAAAGUAAAAUCUCAAAUUCCUACUCAUGAAGCUCCCAAAGAAGACAAUAAUAAUGUUUACUCCGGAGUGAUUCCACACAAUCUUCAAGAUUACCAACUUAAUGUAAAUCCUGAUAUCGUUAAUCCAGAAGUUACUCAUGAAUAUACUUACAAUAUUGAGACCAACGCUGUUACUCCCAAAACUCCCCAAGAUUACAAUCUCAAUACAAAAGCUGACGCCGUUUACAGUACUAACAAAGACAUUGUCACUCCUGUAACUUAUGAAGAUCGCAGCUCCAGUAUAUAUUCUGAUAAUGUUGUUCCAAAUACACCUCAAAAUUACAAUCUCAACAUAAAUUCAGGCGUAACCCCUGAAACUCCUGUGGAUUACAGUGAUGUGCAAAAAGGCCCUCAAGAUAUAAAACCACGUCCAGAUCAUAAUAUUAAUCUUCCAACCGAUUUCACGUUACUUAAUCUCCCGAAAAAGCAGUUGCUACACCAAAAUCCUCAAUAUUAUAAAUUGAAUCUCGAAGUAACAAAGCAACAUCCAAAUGAGGAUCAAAAAUAUCUUUACGAAAAUGUAGUCAAACGACCAGCAGACAUUUCUAACGUGAAGCCUGAAAACUUCGAUUACUACCAAACUCCCAACUUAGAACUAGCUCCAACGUACAAAUUGUUUACUUUACAAAAUUUAUUGAAACUGACAGAUGGGCUGAAAAAACAAAAGCUAUCUGUUGGACUUAAUUCACAGGAACAAAAUGCACUAAAUAAUUUACUUACAGUUCUAGAAAUACUGCUGAUACAAGCCGACUAUUUUGGUAAACAAAAUGACUGGUAUGAAAAAAUAUUCUAUGACGUACCUCCCCAAAGUCGACACCCAUUGCAACUUUAUGCUUACCAUUUGAUUCGCCAGAGAUGGCUGCAUGAUUUAUUAUUAUUACUGCAUAAGAAUAAUUUCGAUCUCAAUAUUUUCCGUGACCCUAGAAUAAUUUCGCAUUUAGAGUCUUGGAAGUUUCCAGAAUACGUUCAGAAUUACUUAGAAGCGGAACAUAUACUUGGAAAGAAAGAUAUACUGCAACAUGACAUUGUUCCUUUGAACCAUCAAGUGGUGAAUAAUAAUGGUUGUCAACAUUGCGCAGUGGAUUUAGAAAAUUAUGUGGCUAAACAUGUUCUUCAUAGCCCAAAGAAUGAAAGAUUAAUUUUGAACAUAGCAGGAGUAGACGUCGAAGUAGACGCAGGUGCAGUGAAAGGUAUACUGCAAAAAUACUUACUUAACAAAAACGCUAUUGAAGACCAAGAGAACGUGAUAAUGCAGGACAAUAAAACUGAAAUGCUGAAACAGAUAAUUUUAUAUUUGAAACAUAAGGGGUAUAAGACGGAAGUCAUAUUUGAUUUAAUCCAGAAAUUGAAUGGUGCUGUAUUUCCGACACCGAACAAGGGAUGCGACCAACAAGCUAGUAUUCUGCAAAAUAUAUAUGAUGAUAUAUUGCCAACGUUGAGGAGAUCGCUGGAAUAAUGAAUUUGUCCAUAUUAACUAUUUUUAACUGCAU